AGAAAUUGCUGAAGGAUGAUUUUACGAUAUUGUAUUGUAUUGGUGUUAAUUUCAUAUUCUUAUGGACAGUCCCUGACCUCCUCUGCUUCUGUGGUGAAGAGACCUGGAGAGUCAGCUCUGUCCUGUACUGUCUCCGGAUUCUCAAUGGGCUACUACAUGCACUGGAUCCGUCAGAAACCAGGAAGAGGACUGGAGUGGAUCGGAUACAUUGACACUGGCACUAGCACAACAUUUGCUCAGUGUCUGCAGGGCCAGUUCUCCAUCACUAAAGACACCAAUAAAAACAUGCUGUACCUAGAAGUGAAGAGUCUGAAAGCUGAAGACACGGCUGUUUAUUACUGUGCACGAGACUCGCGUGGCCAAGCUUUUGAUUCCUGGGGAAAGGGAACCACGCUGACUGUGACUUCAGCAGUGCAAAGCGCCCCGAAAUCCCUGUUUCCCGUGUGGCAGUGCGGCUCGGCCUCAGACGGUUUAAUCACUCUUGGCUGCAUCACGCGCGAUUUGGCCUCCGCCGACGGACUGAGCUUCAUAUGGAAGGAUGCGACCGGGAGCGCGCUGACUGACGUCGUGCAAUACCCGGCGGUGCAAGCGACCGGAGGGUACACCUCGGUGAGCCAUGUGCGCGUCAAGGCUUCUGACUGGAACGGGAACAAGAAGUUCACAUGCGAAGUCAAAAAUGGCCUAGGAUCUAAAGACGCGUCCUUGCAAAAGCCAGCUCAGCGUGUGACUGAGCCCAACAUCACCAUGAGCACCAGUACAAUGGACAACAACGUUAAUCUGCUUUGUUGGUUGGAUGGUUUUUCUCCGAAAAAAAUAAGUGUUGAGUGGUACAAGGGUAAUACGUUGCUCACAGAGAAGGCAACCAUGAAGAUAUUCGAAAGUCUCAGCAAUGGAGAAAAGACGUUUGAUGCACUGAGCCAACUCAGCAUUAAUGCACAGCAAUGGAAUGAAGGCACAGAGUUCACCUGUAAAGCCACACACAACUCCAAGAUCUUCAGUCAAACAUGGAGCAAGUGCAAAGCUGAACCGACAUCCAAACCACUGAUACGUCUGGAGAAGCCUGGUCUCAUGUCAGUAUUGACAGAUUCAGAAGUAACAGCUUGCUGUGUUGUUGAAACUAUGCACAAUACCAGAGUGUCAUGGUUUGUAGAUGGAAGGGAAAAAACAGACAGAGCCACCUUGAAGACACUGGACGGGAGAACUGUUAGCAACCUGACUAUCUCUACAGACGAAUGGAAAAACUGGCAGACAAUAAAAUGCACCGCUGCACAUCUAUGUUUUGGCACAGUAGAGAAGACAGUUAAUAUUCUAGAACCUGUGCAGACAACUCCUACAGUGGUGAUCAGGAGGAAUCUGGCAGACAUACUGAAGGGAGACAGUGCAGUACUGGAGUGUGCUGCAAGAGAUCUGCCCUCUGGUGAGCUCUCGGUCAUCUUACAGGACAAUGGAAUAAAGGUCCUUGAACCUCAGUAUGUGGAUCUGCCCAAAGGAGUGGACAUUCUGACUGUACGCUUCACUGUUUCCACAACACUCAGAAACAAAAACCGACGGUUCACCUGUCAGAUUCAGCAAAGCCGUUCCAAACAGUGGACGUCCAAUUCUAUAGAAAACCUUUUUGGUGACCCUUCAGUGGAACUUUCAGCUGUUUCCAGCACUGAUAACUCUGGAUCAGUUACACAAAAACUUAUUUGUUCUGGAACUGGAUUCAACCCACAAAUUAAGUGGCUCCAUAAAUCUGUGCCAAAUGCUCUUAAAGAAGUGAUGAUGCAAGGAGAUGGACGUGUGAAAGUAUCCAGUGAGAUAUUGGUUCAACAACAGGAGUGGAAUAAUGAUUGUGUAUGUGAGGUCAGUGAUCAGGAUAAUCUCAAACCUGUCCAGAAGAGCAUCAGAGUUUGUGCAGCUCAUUCAAAUGUCAAGCCACUGAUACGUCUGGAUAAACCUGGUCUCAUGUCAGUAUUGAAAGAUUCAGAAGUAACAGCUUCCUGUGUUGUUGAAACUGUGCACAAUACCAGAGUGUCAUGGUUUGUAGAUGGAAGGGAAAAAACGGACAGAGUCACCUUGAAGACACUGGCCGGGAAAACUGUUAGCAACCUGACUAUCUCUACAAACGAUUGGAAAAACUGGCAGACAAUAAAAUGCACCGCUGCACAUCCAUGUUUUGACACAGUAGAGAAGACAAUUAAUAUUCUAGAACCUGUGCAGACAACUCCUACAGUGGUGAUCAGGAGGAAUCUGGCAGACAUACUGAAGGGAGACAGUGCAGUACUGGAGUGUGCUGCAAGAGAUCUGCCCUCUGGUGAGCUCUCGGUCAUCUUACAGGCCAGUGGAAUAAGGGUCCUUCAACCUCAGUAUGUGGAUCUGCCCAAAGGAGUGGACACUCUGACUGCACGCUUCACUGUUCCCACAACAUACAGAAACAAAAACAAACGGUUCACCUGUCAGAUUCAGCAAAGCCAUUCCAAACAGUGGACGUCCAAUUCUACUGAAAACCUUUUUGGUGACCCUUCAGUGGAACUUUUAGUUAUUUCCAGUGUGGAUAAAUCUGCAUCGGCGACACAAAAACUUCUUUGCGCUGCAACUGGACUUAACCCAAAGAUAACGUGGCUCCCUGAAUCUGUGGUAAAUGCUCUCAAUGCUCUCAGUACAGUAACAGUGGAUUCAGAUGGACGUGUGAAAGUGUCCAGUGAGAUUUCGGUUCCACUGCAACAGUGGAAUAAUAGAGUUACGUUUACCUGCCGAGUCAGCGAUCAGGAUCCUCUGAAACCUGUUGAGAAGAACACCAGUAUUUGUGCAGUGACUCCAGAUUUUGCUCAGAAGGCACAGGUUUACCUGUUGGCUCCCUCCAUCAGUGACAUGAGAGCAAAUGACCAUGUCUCUGUCACCUGUCUGCUAUUGGGCCACUGGCUCAAUGACUUCUUGAUUGUUUGGAAAAUAGGAAAGGACAUCACCUCUCAGGGUGUGACCACACAACGUCUCAGAGUCCACAGCAAUGGAACAGAGAGUAUCCGAAGUGUUCUAAAGGUUCCAGCUGCAAAGUGGAACGCAUACACAACUGUUUCCUGUGAAGUGACACACCUCUGCUCCACCACGAAAAUGGAGCACACCAUCUCUAAAACCAGAGCCUCAGACCGCAAAAUUCCCACCGUCCAAAUACUCAGUCCCAGUGAUGACGAUCUGUCAGGAGUUCGCAACACAUAUCUUCUCUGCUUGAUCGACGGCUUCCGUCCUGCUGAUAUCUCUGUGCACUGGGAGCUGAAUGGCAGUCGGCUGGAUGCAUCUCAGUUCAUCAACAGUCCAGUCGGCAUUCGCUCUGCGUGGAGUGAUUAUUCCAUGCACAGCGCACUGAUAUUACCAGCAUCAAAAAGGGAGGACGGCACUUUUUCCUGUGUGGUCAGCCAUGAGUCAUCUGAAAAGCCAAUCAGGAACUCGAUUAACAACGUAUACGCCUCUGUGAAUGAAAAUGCUCCCUCUGUGGAGCUGCUGCAGGGUCAAAAUAAACUGGUGUGUCUGGCGUACGGUUAUAGCCCUUCAGCCAUUAACAUCACCUGGCUCCUAAAUAGUGUGAGUGUACAGCAUGAUGACAGCACCAACAGCUCUGCCAAAAGGCCUGAUGGGAAAUUCAGCAUUAAAAGCCAUCUGAAGGUCCAGGCCUCUGAAUGGGCACCUGGUGACACUUACACAUGCCAUGUCGAGCACAUCACUGGCAUCGUCACUCACGACAUCUCCAAAAAAGAAUUUACUGAAGAGACGAUAUACUUUGAUGAAAACAAGUAUGAGCAGCUGUUGACGGCACCUUCUAGAGUUUAGAUUAAGGAUUAUAAUAAUGCUUUAUUGCUGUAUUUGUUUGAAUGAAACAUUUUAAUGACUAGUUUUAAGUUGAUAGAUGCAAGUGAGUAACAAGUUGAAUAAAUAAAGAAAAAAAUAAAUGUACUUGAUGCUGAAUAUUAGGGUGUCUAUCAGCUGUUGUUUCAUUUUUGAGACAUUUAUUCAAAUGAAGGGUAUAUAUUCAAAACCAUUCCUUAAUUUCAAUUACAUUUGUAUUAGUAAUGUUUUUUUAUAUGGAAGAAUUUUGCGGACAAUAUAUAAAAAAAAAUUGCAAACUGUA